AUGAGCGGUGAUUUUGUGAUAGCCUAUGGUUCGCACACCGGACAAGCUGAAACUAUUGCAAAAGGCAUCAAGGAGAAGGCCGAAUUGAUUGGAUUAAAGCCUAGGCUGUAUUUUUUGGAUCAAAAUGAGAAGGAGGUGAGAUUUUUUGAGGCAAUUCUCCCAAAAAUCACUCAAAAUAUUUCUAGUUCAAUCUGGAGACGGAAAAAUUCGCUGCAAUCAUUGUGUCGUCAACCGGCGACGGCGAUGCACCGGACAACGCGUCGCGUUUUGUCAGGCGAAUAAAUCGCAAAACUUUGCCCAACGAUUUUCUGGCCACAUUGAAUUAUGCUAUUCUUGGUUAGUAGUGUUUAGCACUUGGUCGAAUAGAAAAUGAGCAAGCAUUUUGCAGGGCUCGGCGAUUCGAAUUAUUCGAGCUAUCAAGCGAUUCCGCAGAAAAUCGACAGACAAUUGAAGGCGCUGGGAGCUACACGGUGUUUUGAGAGAGGAGAGGCCGACGAUCAAGUUGGGUUCGGAAAUUUAUUGAUUUUCUGGGGAGAGGAUAUAUUUUUUUUUUAUUUUUCAGAUUAGAAUUGGCUGUGGAACCAUGGAUUGAAAAACUAUUUGGAGAAUUGGCAAGGAGGUUCGAGAUUUCCGAAGAAAAUGUGAGGAUUAUCAAUAGAGCGCACUUGCAAACUGAAAAAAACAACUGCGCUCUAAUGAUAUCUUAUUUGAAAAUUCAAAUUUUCCUCCUAAAAAUUGACAGAACAGCAACUACGCUCCAUUGAGAAUCUCUUUGUUAUUAGUAGAGCGCACUUGACUGAUUUUUCUGUUUGCUCUAUUAUCGAAAAACUCAUCGGUACCACGCGCUCCACCGAAAUAAACACGCAACGCAGACCGCGCCGCGCCACAACACACACAAAAACGGAAGGGAAUUUGAAUAGUUCCCUUAUUUGUGUGUGUGUUGUGGCGCGGCGUGGUCUGCGUUGCGUGUUUAUUUCGGUGGAGCGCGUGGUACCAAUGAGAUUUUCGAUAAUACUAUACACAUUUUUUUCGCUAAUUGUUCGUAAAAAAUUUUAUGACCCCCCGCGCAACCGAAAAAAAACCCCAUCACAUUAUUUUCCUUUUAACCAAAAAAACUUCCUUUAAAAAAAACCCAUGAAGAAAAGUGCAAAACUAUUUCGCAAUUUUUUUUUUGAAGAAAAUGUUUUUUUUUUUUAGGGAUUUUCGAAUUGUUUCGCCUAAAAAUAUAAGUUUUCAGCUCUCAAAAUUGCAAAAUUCCCAACAAGUCAAGCUGAAUCCAAUCAAAACGGAGCUCGAAAAAUUGUCGAUUCUCGAAGCGAUGCCCCAGAAAUCGCAGGUUUUGGGGCCGAAAAUUCUGGAAGCUGAGGAUUAUGAAUAUCCAGAAGAAUCGAUAAGGAGAGGUGGAUUGAAGUUGAGAGAAGAUCAGAAUUUGAGAGUUCCGAUUGCACCGCAGAAUUUUGUGAUUUCUUCGGUGAAUCAUGAAAAAAUUGAAAAAGAAGAAUUGAAAGAUUCAAAGUGGCAGAAUUUGUGUAAAAUGCCAGGAGUUGGUGAGUUUUGGAAAAUUUCUGGGCAGUUUUUCACGCUGAGAAAGAUCCUGUAGAACCCAAAAAUAAGCUAAACGUUGAGAAUUUUUGAAAUUUCGUGGUUUUGAGAGGCCGUAGCUCAUGUUAGAAAUUAUUUUUAUGAAAAACUGAUUGCAUCACGGUGUUCAGAAGGGUUGAUUUACCAAACUCGAAAGUUUUGCAAAAAUUUUCUGAGCCACAUUGGAAAAUCUACUCUACUAUAUACUAAUUGGGAAAAUUUUUUUGGCAAGAGUCUGUCCGCGGUUCGUUCUCAAAACUGUGCGCAUAAAAAUUGAUGAUCAAAAAAAGAAAAAGUUUCUAAAUGGUGGCACAAUGAUGCGCGUUUCAAAAAUUCUCCCUCUAAAUGUAUGUGAGUGCGCGGAGAGUGAAAAGUUUGAAAAUCUCAAUGUAUUUUUCGAUUUUAAAAUGUGUCGCUCGACUUUUCUCAAUUUCCAGAAGACCAUUUUUGAUGAGACCUUCACUAUUCUAUCCUAAAUUCUUUCCCAUCGAUGCGCUAAUAUUCAAUUUUUCAAAAAAUGCGCGAGUUUUCACGUGAAAAAUCAAAACUUUUUUCAUGUAAAAAAGAAUGAUCACGUUUUUAUUCGAAAAAAAUAUUAGGACACGUUUCUUAUCUGAUCGUUCUAUUCUCUGAAAAAGUCAACAGUUUUUGGGCAUUUCUCAAUGUUUCUCUUUCCCUAACCGGAAAAUUAAUCAGAAAAAGUAAGCCAAACUACUGUAGAUGGCGUUAGCCAGCGAAGCCCUUCUAGUUUUUUUCUGAAAAAGUAUGGAAAAAAUUGUGGGUCGAUUUACCAAAAUCACAAAUUUUGGUUAGUAAAUCCAUAAUUUUUCAGAAAAAUUUUGAAAAUUUUGUCUAAACUUUCGAGUUUUCUGAAUCAACCCUCCUGAAACAACGUGAUGCAUUCAGUUUUUCAUAAAAAAUCAUCUCUAACAUGAGUUAUGGGCUCUCAAAACCACGAAAUUUCAAAAAUUAUUCACUUUUGGCUGAUUUUUGGGUUCUACAGGAUCUUGCUCAUCGUGAAAAUUUCACAGAAACAUCUAUGUCUCACACACUUCCCUCUUCAGGAUUCAGAAAUCCUGUAGAUCCGAAAUGUUUUCCAGUCACCCCUCCAUAUGCCGCCACAAUCGUCGGAACAACUCUCCUCACUUCCUUCUCCGCCGCCAAACCAAAACGUGAAAUAAUCCUGGACCUCGCCGAAAAUUCCCAAUUCCUCCGUUAUGAACCUGGCGACGCUAUGUAUAUAAUUGUACCCAAUCCCGAACAAGAAGUCAAUUUCAUUCUAAAACGCUGUGCAGUUCUCGACAUUGCUGAUCAGAAAUGUGAACUUUCCAUUGAUCCCGCGACCCAGAAGAUCAAUCCGAUUCUACCUGGUCAUGUUAAUCAUACACAAACAACACUCCGGCAUAUUUUCACAACUUGUUUGGAUAUUCGAAGAGCGCCCGGAAGACCUUUGUUGAGAAUUUUGGCUGAAAAUACAGAGGAUUUGAGAGAGAAACGGAGACUUUUAGAGUUAUGUAGUGCUCAGGGAAUGACAGAUUUCACGAAUUUUGUGAGACAGGCGGGAUUGAGCUUGGCUGAUGUGCUCUUCGCAUUUCCCGGCGUCAAACCGCCAGUUGACAGGCUAAUUGGUCAGUUGAUAGGGAUUUUUUGGAGGGGGGUUUCAAAAUAAAAAAUUGUGAAUACGCAAUUUUUUACAGUGUGAAAACUGUGAUUUUUCAAUUUUUGACCUCUAAAAACUGAAAUCAAGGUUUUUUUCAAAAUUGACAUCGACUAAAUGACAUUUUCAUGUUUUUUUAGCAGCUGAGUUAAAAUAAUUGGAUUUUGAUCGUAUUUAUAGGAUAGGAAGCUCCAAGACAAAUCGAAUAAUAUACAUUUUUAUGACUUUGCGUUAUCCAUAAGUGAUUUAGCGACGUUUAGUCGCGAAUUGUGAAUUUCUACUUCAAAAAUCUGAUUUUCCAACCAAUUUUUGAAAUUUUCUUACCAGCAAAAAAUACGUUUCAAAAAUAUGAAAUUAUUAAUUUUCUGAAUUUUUAUAUCGAUUCUCCGAAUGCAUCAUUGAAACUCAAAAUUGACUGAAAAAUUUGAAGUUUUGGCUUCAAAAAUUAGGCUAAGUUUUAAUAUUUUUUACCAAAAAAAUUGUUGAAUUUUUUUUCUGAAAAAAAUACGUUUCAAAAAAUAUUUGAAUAAUAAUUUUCUGAAAUUUCAAAUCGAUUCAGCCAACAAUGCAUCAACCAAACUCAAAAUUGACUGAAAAUUUUGAAUUUUGGCUUCAAAAAUUAGAUUUUUACAUGGAAAAUUUUAUUUUCUACUUUAAAAAUCUGAUUUCCAACCUAUUUUUAAUGAAAAUGCCAUUUAGUUGAUGUCCAAGAGUACAAUUUUGAAAAAAAAAUCGUGAUUUCAGUUUUUAGAGGUUAAAAACUGAAAAAUUCACAGUUUUCAUAUUAUAAAAAGUUAGCGUAUUUACAAUUUGUAUUUUGAAAACCACGAUUUUGCCUUCCAGAACUUCUACCUCGUCUAAUUCCACGUCCCUACAGUAUGUCCUCCUAUAAUCAAAAACGUGUUCGAUUCGUUUACUCGGAAAUGCAGUUCACAGCUGAAGAAGGACGAAGAUAUGCGAGAAAAGGGCUGGCGACUGAUUAUUUGAAUAGUUUACGGAUUGGAGAUAUUGUGCAAGUUCUUGGAAAAGAGCCAGCCAGAUUCAGACUUCCACCAUUGGGCUCGAAUUUGUCGGCUGGCAAAUUGCCACUUUUGAUGAUUGGACCUGGAACCGGAGUGGCUGUGUUUUUGAGUUUUUGUCAUUUUUUGAGAAAAAUCAAAUUGGAGACCCCGGAGAAUUUCGAAAAUGUGUCGCGAAUUCUAUUUUUUGGGUGCCGGGAUAUCGAAAUUGAUGGGAUUUAUAUGUAAGAUAUUUCUCCCGCCCAAAAAAAAAUUCCAAAAAUUAAAAAUAUUUUUUUCAGUGAAGAAUUGGAGUCAUUUGUACGCGAUGGAAUCUUGAGUGAACUCUAUAUUUGCGAAUCGCAAAAAAAUUCGGAAAGAGUUCAGGAUGGCCUGAAGAAGGCGGAGAAUUUGCAGAAAGUUUUGGAGUUUUUAGAGGCGGGGAAGAAUCACAAGAUUUUUGUGUGUGGAGAUGCGAAAGGAAUGUCGAAAGAUGUUUGGCAAUGUUUUGCGGAUAUUUUGGCGGAAAAAGAUGGAAUUUCGGAUUUGGAAGCGAAAAAGAAAAUGAUGGAGCUCAAAAAAUCGGAUCAAUAUAUUGAAGAUGUUUGGGCUUAG